AUGCGAAGCAGCGGCCAAAGAGCCUGCCGCCCUGCUUACAGGGGGCUCCGGCUGCUGCCUGGACCACAAAGCGCCGGGACACCAGGGCACUGGCCCCGACUUACAGGGGGGCCCUGGGCCCAAAGGCCUGCGGAGGCUCCUUCUCUCCGCUUCGGGGGGCACCUGACCCGCUCCCCGCUAACGGGGCGGUCGCCCCGCACAGGCUGCCAGCUGAGGGAGCGCAAAGGCUCCCAGACCCGGACCCUGCUUACAGGCGGGUCCACACCCAGGGAGCCACGGAGCUCGGCCUUCCCCCGCAGCAUCAAGUACCUGGCUCAAGGGCCAGGGGGGACGCACAAAGCCCCACUUAGGGGGCCGCCCCCCCGAGGCCCGGCACUCCCAACAACGGCCUCGCGGCCUAAGGCCGCCGGGGACAGGGCCCCCAGCCCCGAGGGCGGGGGGAGGCCCACGCUGGCACGUCGCCAGCAGGACGGGCAGCCCCGCGGCGCGGGUGGCGGUGCCCGCGCCGCCACUAACGGGCUUCGCUCCGUCCUGGGGGACAAGGGGCAAGCCCCUCAGCACGCUGAGGCCCUUCUGGCCCGUGCGCAGCGCGGGGGCGAGCCUGAGGCUCUCCUCUCCUGCUCGGCGGCGGGGCUGGCUCCCCACGGGUUGGCGCACAGAGCCCCUCUUUCCCUCCUGGGAAGUCUAAGCUACGCUGCCUACAUCUCUACGGGGGCUACAGGAGGGACCAGCUCGCUCGCUCACUCACACCGACAAGACAAGCACACAAAGGGGGAACGUCCCAGAAGAGGGAGCAAGCUCUGUGCGCCGAGCCGUGGGGAGCCGGCCCUGCCGCCGAGCAGGACAGGAGAGCCUCGGGCUCGCCCCCGGGCUGCGCGCGGGCCAGAAGGGCCUCAGCGCGCUGAGGGGCAAGGGACACGGGCUGUGACGCACCCCGACUACGGGGGGGUCACUCUGGCUAGGGGCCGCCAGCAGGCACCAAAGGUGCCAAGGGAAAAAGCCCUGCCCUGCUUACAGGGCGGGCGGGCUGGGGGUCCGGGAGAGCUCCGUUUCCCCCCUCGGGCGCGGAGGCGGGCACUCUCGCCCUCCUUACAGGGCGGUUGCCCCUCUCUCCGGGCAGCCACAGGAGCGCGAUGGCAAAAGGCCAACGCCAAGCAAAGCAAAGGACCUGGCCCUGCUUACAGGGAGGUCGCCCAGCGCCAAGCCGGCCGGCGCAGCCGGAAGCUGCCCGCCGGACUCUUAGGGAUCCCUGCCCCGGGUCAUGCCAGGGAGGGGCCUUUGCCCAGAGGGCCCUUCUCCCGCCCCCUCUUGAGCGCGAAGCCGACGCUCUUCUUCCUGGCUCUUGCCUCGCCGUCCCGCUCCACGGCUCCGCUUUCUUCUCGGAGGGCUCCUGCCAAGGCAGGAGGACGCAGCUCGGACUCAGAAGCUCCGAGUCCUUGCACCGAAGGAAAGCAGGACCCAGAGGCAGCUGCCCCGGCCACCACCCGCCCGCCCACUCGCAGGACCCCCACACCUCCACACCACCCCCCAACUUCAGCUGCUCUCACCGCGGCGUCUUCCCGCGUCGGCGCUGCCGUCCCUCCCUCGCGACGCCUCUUCCGCUCUCUUCUCCGACGGCUUCACGGCGACGCACGGCGCAGUCCCAGCCGCUGCGGAGAGCCGGGCCCUCUGGGCAAAGGCAGCUGGGCAUGCGAAGCAGCGGCCAAAGAGCCUGCCGCCCUGCUUACAGGGGGCUCCGGCUGCUGCCUGGACCACAAAGCGCCUGGGACACCAGGGCACUGGCCCCGACUUACAGGGGGGCCCUGGGCCCAAAGGCCUGCGGAGGCUCCUUCUCUCCGCUUCGGGGGGCACCUGACCCGCUCCCCGCUAACGGGGCGGUCGCCCCGCACAGGCUGCCAGCUGAGGGAGCGCAAAGGCUCCCAGACCCGGACCCUGCUUACAGGCGGGUGCACACCCAGGGAGCCACGGAGCUCGGCCUUCCCCCGCAGCAUCAAGUACCUGGCUCAAGGGCCAGGCCCGGCACUCCCAACAACGGCCUCGCGGCCUAAGGCCGCCGGGGACAGGGCCCCCAGCCCCGAGGACGGGGGGAGGCCCACGCUGGCACGUCGCCAGCAGGACGGGCAGCCCCGCGGCGCGGGUGGCGGUGCCCGCGCCGCCACUAACGGGCUUCGCUCCGUCCUCGGGAACAAGGAGCAAGCCCCUCAGCACGCUGAGGCCCUUCUGGCCCGUGCGCAGCCCGGGGGCGAGCCUGAGGCUCUCCUCUCCUGCUCGGCGGCGGGGCUGGCUCCCCACGGACAAGCCACACCAAAGGGGACGUUUCCCGAAGAGGGAGCACGCUCUGUGCCGCCGGUAGCGUGGGGAGCCGGCCCUUGCCGCCGAGCCGGACGGGGCGCCUCGGGCUUGCCCCAGCUGCGCACGGCCAGAGGCCUCAGCGCCGUGCGGGGCAAGCGGCCACGGGCUGGGCCGCCAAGCAGGCACCAACGGCGCCAAUGGAAAGCCCUGGCUGCUACAGGCGGGCGGGAUGGGGGUCCGGGAGCGCUCCGUUUCCCCCUCGGGCGCGGAGGGCGGGCACUCUCGCCCUCCUUACAGGGCGGUUGCCCCUCUCUCCGGGCAGCCACAGCAGCGCGAUGGCAAAAGGCCAACGCCAAGCAAAGCAAAGGACCUGGCCCUGCUUACAGGGAGGUCGCCCAGCGCCAAGCCGGCCGGCGCAGCCGGAAGCUGCCCGCCGGACUCUUAGGGAUCCCUGCCCCGGGUCAUGCUAGGGAGGGGCCUUUGCCCAGAGGGCCCUUCUCCCGCCCCCUCUUGAGCGCGAAGCCGACGCUCUUCUUCCUGGCUCUUGCCUCGCCGUCCCGCUCCACGGCUCCGCUUUCUUCUCGGAGGGCUCCUGCCAAGGCAGGAGGACGCAGCUCGGACUCAGAAGCUCCGAGUCCUUGCACCGAAGGAAAGCAGGACCCAGAGGCAGCUGCCCCGGCCACCACCCGCCCGCCCACUCGCAGGACCCCCACACCUCCACACCACCCCCCAACUUCAGCUGCUCUCACCGCGGCGUCUUCCCGCGUCGGCGCUGCCGUCCCUCCCUCGCGACGCCUCUUCCGCUCUCUUCUCCGACGGCUUCACGGCGACGCACGGCGCAGUCCCAGCCGCUGCGGGGAGCCGGGCCCUCUGGGCAAAGGCAGCUGGGCCUGCGAAGCAGCGGCCAAAGAGCCUGCCGCCCUGCUUACAGGGGGCUCCGGCUGCUGCCUGGAGCACAAAGCGCCCGGGACACCAGGGCACUGGCCCCGACUUACAGGGGGGCCCUGGGCCCAAAGGCCUGCGGAGGCUCCUUCUCUCCGCUUCGGGGGGCACCUGACCCGCUCCCCGCUAACGGGGCGGUCGCCCCGCACAGGCUGCCAGCUGAGGGAGCGCAAAGGCUCCCAGACCCGGACCCUGCUUACAGGCGGGUGCACACCCAGGGAGCCACGGAGCUCGGCCUUCCCCCGCAGCAUCAAGUACCUGGCUCAAGGGCCAGGCACUGGGGCUCGUGGCCUAAGGCCCUGAGCUGGGCCCCGAGGGCAGGGAGGGCACACGCCCAGCCCCACGCCUGUGAGAGGCCGGGGGACCCCGCGGGACACCCGCCUGAUUACAGGGGGUCCCUCCAACCGCCCGCCGAGCGGGGGGGACGCACAA